AUGGGAAUCACCGAUUUCAUUUCCGACCUUCUGAGCUCCGUCUCCUUCGUACAGGAGGUUCAAGCCGAAGCUCCCGCAGACGACCACGAAGAGUCAAGUGAGGGCAGCGAGGGAAGCAACGAAGAAGAAGAAGAAGGUACUGAGGACACAAAGGAAGGUGAGGAGGAAGGAGGCGAAGACGGAGGUGAGGAAGAGGAAGAAGAAGAGGAAGAGGAGGAAGAGGAACCUGUAGAUCCUAAGCCAAAGCUGGAAGAAGACUGUGCCCGAUCCGCUCAAUGUGUGGGAUACAAGCACCACUUCGACGAAUGCGUUGAGCGUGUCACGCAACAGGAGGAGGAUCCCGACCACAAGGGCCCCAAGGAAAACUGUGUUGAAGAGUGUACGUCUUCCUCUGCUUACUCCUUGGGCUAUCCCCACGAGACUGGCAAUGGUUACGGCGAGACAACAAAGCAACUGACCCGCAGCAAUAGUUUUCCAUCUCCAACACUGCGCAACGCAGUGCGCUGCACCCAAACUCUUCAAGCAGCUGAAAUAGACCAUUUUCUCGCCGGCGGCCAUCGAGAUCGAAUGAAUUUUGAACUCGACCAACGACUUCAAAGCAAGGGACAAACCUUUCUCACAAGCAAGGCUCCCAUGAAAUGCUUCGGGUGGACAGAGAAAGACUUCCCCAGCUCCUGGGCAUACAACCCUUGA